AUGAGGAAAAUUAUCAAGUUCAUCUACCCUGACGUCCCGGAUCAGACUUUUUUCGAGAGUUGUGGUGUUGGUGAUUUGAUCACUACUUGUUUUGGUGGUCGAAACCGUCGUUGUGCUGAGGCAUUUGCCAGAGCUGAUGGAAAGAAGUCUUGGGAGGAUAUCGAGAGUGAAUUACUCGGUGGUCAGAAGUUACAGGGUACUUUGACUUUACUUGAGAUUGUUGAUGUGUUGGCAGACGCUCCUAUCAAGAAGGAACUACCGUUGUUUGCUGCUAUUUAUCGCUGUGCGUUCAAGGGUGCAGAGCUGGAGGAGUUCGUGAAGAAUCUCAACACUAAGCAAAUGCAUCCUGGUCAUGCGUAUCUGGUUAACCCGUAUGAGGUGAAGAAGUAG